AUGCAAUUAGCGCUCCCUGAGAACCUCUCCGCGCUGGUUGCGCGCCGCUUCAAGGCCGCCAAAGAUGGCGGACACCUCGUCUUCUCCUCCACACACCUGUCGCUGGUCACCGCGGCCGGGAUACCGUUCCAACUCCGCUACUGCCCCGCCCUCGCAAAGAAACCAACAAACCUCAAACCCGAACCGACCCCCAAAGCCCCGAAACCCGACCCCUUCGAGAACCCCUCGCAAGACCUCCUAAUCGCUCGCUUCCCUCCGGAGAAACCCACCCACGCCCUAGUCCUAAACAAAUUCCCUGUAAUCCCAAACCACUUCAUCCUCGCCACAACAGACUGGAAAGCACAAACCGACAUCCUCGAGCAAGCCGACCUCGAAGCAACGUACGCCUGCCUGAAAGCAUGGGACGCAGAAAAGAGCGCCAGCAGCUCAAAACGACUAUUCGCCUUCUUCAACUCAGGCGAAGAUAGCGGCGCAAGCCAACCACACCGCCACCUCCAGUUCCUCCCAACGCAUUCCCGACGAUCUUCGUCGCCCUCAUCUUCGCCCUCUUUCCAAUAUAUCCCCCACCUACCCUUCGCACAUUUCGCGCUCCCACUUCCGAAGGAUGCUGACCCCGAGACGCUGCAUAAGACGUAUCUGACGCUCUACCGCGCGGCGGUAGCAGCUGCGCACGACGAUGUGGAUGGGACGCUGCGCAGUGAAGGUCCGGCGGCUGUUAGCUAUAAUUUCGCCAUGACGCUUUCGACUAUGAUGAUUUGUCCGCGGAAGCAGGAGAAUGCACAGUUGCCUGUUGAUAUUGCUGCGGCUGGUGAUAUUGUGGAGCCUGGGGUUGUUUCGUUGAAUGGGACUAUUCUUGCGGGGACUUUGAUGGUUAAGGCGGAGGUUGAGUGGGAUGUUAUGAGGAGUCGGCCUGAGUUGCUUGGAAGUGUGUUGGCUGAGGUUGGGUUUUCCAGUACGGAGGCGCAAAUGGCUCUGCUUUGA